AAGAAAGGUGAACGGGGAAUGGAUUUACUCUGUAUGGAGCAGGAAUCGGCUAAAUAAGAGUGUUUUUUAUGGGAUCUUUGCCUGGGAGAAAGCGGAACAGCGAUCUGACAGACGCGGUUUGAACAAUAGCACCCGGUAGGCGCUCCUCUCUAAUAGAACAGAAAAAAGACCGAGGAAGCGAAAGCUAUCGAACGAUACCAAAUGGGCUGCACAACAUAAACUGGAAUAGAAAUCUGGCUUUUUCGUUUGCAUUAAACAGAAAAACAUGAAUUCUGCAGAGGCUGCUGAGGAGGGACCGAACGAGCCGGAUACGGAUCCGUUUUUCAAGACAGUUUCAUCUCUCUCAGCCAGCUCUCUAAGGAAUGACAGUGUAAAGGCCACUGAUGUUCUAACAGUUCUAAGAGAAAAGGUUGCCUUUGUCUCAGGGGGAAGAGAUAAGCGAGGAGGACCAAUCUUGACCUUUCCAGCCCGCAGCAACCAUGACAGAAUAAAGCAAGAAGACCUGCGCAGACUGGUCACCUACCUCUCCACAGUGCCCAGUGAGGAUGUUAGUAAGCGAGGUUUCACUGUAAUCAUUGAUAUGCGUGGCUCUAAAUGGGACCUAAUCAAGCCACUGCUGAAGACGUUACAGGAAGCAUUCCCAGCUGAGAUUUGCAUCGCCCUCAUCAUCAAACCAGACAACUUUUGGCAGAAGCAAAAGACCAACUUUGGCAGUGCAAAAUUUACAUUUGAGACAAGCAUGGUGUCUGUAGAGGGCCUGACCAAGCUGGUGGACCCAUCUCAGCUGACAGCAGACCUGGAUGGCACACUGGAGUAUGACCACGUGGAGUGGACAGAACUGCGGGUCUCGCUGGAGGAGUUCACAUACGGUGCCCUGCACCUCCUCUCGCGACUAGAGGAGCUGCAGGAGACGAUUUCGCGUCAGGAGACAGCUGCAGAUGCUGAGGAGGCACGCCAUCUGCUAGAGGAGCAUGCACGCCUAAGAAAAAGUGCUACCAAGGCCCCCGUGGAUGAACUAGAGCAGGAGGGACAGCGGUUACUGCAGAAAAUCAGGGAUGGUGGGGACGGCCGACUCUCUGGAGGGCCUGACUUUCAAAGCCUCGUGCCUAGAGUCGCUGCCUUGCUGGACAAACUGCAGGCUGCACGUCAGCACCUACUGCAGGCCUGGCAUAUGCGCAAACAGCAGCUGGACCAGUGUUUCCAGCUACGCCUUUACGAACAGGAUGCAGAGAAGAUGUUUGAGUGGAUAGGACACAACAGAGAGCUUUUCAUGCAGACGCAUACUGAGAUUGGAGUGAACUAUCAACACGCCAAUGACCUACAGACACAACACGACCAUUUUGCCAUGAAUUCCAUGAAUGCCUAUGUAAAUAUUACUCGUAUUGCAUCUGUGGCUACCAGGCUGUGCGAGUCUGGUCACUAUGCAGCAGAUCAGAUCCAACAGGUUUCAGUACAGCUGGAUCAAGACUGGAAGAGCUUUGCCUCGGCUUUAGAGGAACGUAGUGCCAUUCUGGCCAUGUCCUCUGUGUUCCACCAAAAAGCAGAGCAGUUCCUGGCAGGGGUAGAGAGCUGGGUAAAAGCCUGCAGUGAGGGUGGGUUGCCCUCAGUAAUACAGGAGCUUGAGUUGGCAAUCCACAACCACCAGAAUCUGUGUGAGCAAGUGGCUACAUCUUACAAUGAGGUGAGUCAGAAGGGCAAGACACUGUUGGAUGUCCUGCAGAGACCUCAGCCGCAGGGUGACUCGGGAUCAGUGACAGCGGGUGCAGACUAUAGCAACGCGGUGCGCGCUGUACUGGAUGUGAUGCAUGAGGUGGUACAUCAGCACCGCAGACUAGAGGGCAUGCUGCAGCAUCGCAAACUCCGUCUGCACCAGAGAUUGCAGCUUUGUGUAUUUCAGCAGGAUGUACAGCAGGUUCUGGACUGGAUCCAGAAUCAUGGAGAAGCAUUUCUCAGCAAACACACUGGUGUGGGGAAGUCUGUGCAUCGGGCGAGAGCUCUACAGAAACGACAUGACGAUUUUCAAGAGGUGGCACAGAACACGUACACUAAUGCUGAUAAGCUGUUAGAGGCAGCAGAGCAGUUGGCACAGACGGGCGAGUGUGACCCAGAGGAAAUCUAUGCCGCCGCUCAUCAUCUGGAAGUCAGAGUUCAAGAGUUUGUUCGCAGAGUGGAGCAGAGGAAAAUGUUACUCGAUCUGUCAGUGUCUUUCCACACACACACUAAAGAGUUGUGGUCAUGGAUGGAGGAGCUGCAAAAGGGUUUGGUGGAGCCGGUGUGCUCGGAGACGGUGGACUCAGUGCAGGAACUCAUUAGACAGUUUCAGCAACAACAGAGCAGCACAUUGGACGCCACACUCAACGUCAUCAAGGAGGGAGAGGAGCUUAUCCAGCACUUACGGGACUCAGCACUGGCGAGUAACAGGCUGCCCCAUGCCAGCUCUGUGGCUCAUAUAGAAAGUGUACUGCAGCAGCUGGAUGAAGCUCAGGCUCAUAUGGAGGAACUGUUCCAUGAGCGCAGAAUUAAACUUGAUAUCUUUCUGCAGUUGCGUAUCUUCGAGCAGUACGCCCUGGAGGUAACAGGUGAGCUGGACGCAUGGAAGCAGGACCUGCUGCGCCAGGCGAGUGAAUUUAACACAGAGGAGCUGACGCUAGCCGAGCAGAGACUUCACCGCCACACCGAACGUAAACUAGCUAUGAACAACAUGACCUUCGAGGUGAUCCAGCAGGGCCAGGACCUACAUCAGUACAUUAUGGAGGUGCAGGCCUCAGGUAUGGACCUAAGUGGAGAAAAGGAUGUGGAUCUGGCUGCUCAGGUCCAGGAACUGCUGGAAUUUCUUCAUGAGAAACAGCAAGAGCUGGAACUAAGUGCUGAACACACCCACAAACGUCUAGAGCAAUGUUUACAACUACGCCAUCUACAGGCUGAGGUCAAACAGGUGCUAGGCUGGAUCCGUAACGGUGAGUCCAUGCUCACGGCCAGCACGGUGAACGCCGGGUCUUUAUCUGAAGCAGAGCAACUACAGAGAGAACACGAGCAGUUUCAGCUUGCCAUCGAGUCUCUUUUGCAUGCAGAUUCCCUUCAGAGGACCCAUCAAAGUGCUUUACAGCUGCAGCAGAGAGCGGAGGUAAUGCUGCAGGCGGGUCACUACGACCCGGAUGCGGUUCGAGCCUGCGCUGAGACUGUGGCGCUGCACUGGCAGACCCUCAUGCUGAAAAUGGAGGACAGACUCAAGCUUGUCAAUGCCUCUGUGGCCUUCUAUAAGACCUCUGAACAGGUGUGUAAUGUGUUAGAGAGUCUGGAGCAGGAGUACAGGAGGGAGGAGGACUGGUGCGGGGCGCACGACAAACUCGGUUCCACGUCAGACACGGACCACGUGUCCCCGCUCAUCAGCAAACACCUGGAGCAGAAGGAGGCCUUCUUAAAGGCCUGCACUCUAGCCCGCCGAAAUGCUGAGGUCUUCUUGAAGUACAUCCACCGCAAUAACGUCAGCAUGUCAGGGGUCACCAGCCAUAACCGAGCACCUGAGACACAAGUCAAAGCCAUCCUAAGUGAGCUGCUGCAGAGAGAGAAUCUCGUCUUGCAUUUCUGGACACAAAAGAAGAAGCGGCUGGACCAGUGUCAGCAGUAUGUGCUGUUUGAACGCCACGUUAAACAGGCACUAGACUGGCUGCAGGACAAAGGUGAGCAGUAUUUAUCAACACAUUCAUCUCCAGGUGAAACCACAGAAAAAACUCAGGAACUACUCAAAGAAUAUGAGGAAUUUCGUCUUUCUGCAAAGCAAACCCAGGAAAAAGUGAAGCUGUUGAUCCAGCUAGCAGGCAGUCUGGUAGAGAAGGGUCAUGUGCACGUGACUGAGCUGAAACGGUGGGUGUCUACAGUGGAUCGGCGAUACCGGGACUUCUCUCAGCGCAUGGGCCACUAUCGCUCCAGUCUGGACCGAGCUCUGGGCCUCUGCUCCGAGGACAAUAAAGAUCUAGAGUUGGAUAUUAUCCCUGCCAGCCUGACUCACACCGACCCAGAAGUCAACCUCAAUGACCCCAACAAUGAAGUUAAUGAAGAAAAGAAGAAAUCUGCCAGGAAGAAAGAGUACAUCAUGGCUGAGCUGCUGCAAACUGAGCGAGCUUACGUCAGAGAUCUGCAGGAAUGCUUAGAAACGUUCAUGUGGGAGAUGACGAGUGGCAUGGACGAGAUCCCACAAGGAAUUGCCAAUAAGGAGCACGUCAUUUUUGGAAAUAUUCAGGAGAUCUACGAUUUUCAUAACAAUAUUUUUCUGAAAGAACUGGAGAAUUAUGAACAGCUUCCUGAGGAUGUGGGCCACUGUUUUGUCACAUGGGCUGAUAACUUCCAUAUGUAUGUCACCUACUGCAAAAACAAGCCAGACUCUAGCCAGCUGAUCCAGGGUCAGGCUGGACGCUUCUUUGAUGAGAUCCAGAAAAGACACGGGCUGGUCAACUCAAUUUCCUCCUACCUCAUCAAACCUGUACAAAGAAUCACCAAGUACCAACUGCUGCUUAAGGAGUUGCUCACAUGUUGUGAAGAGGGUAAAGGGGAGAUUAAGGAAGGUCUGGAGGUGAUGUUAAGUGUACCUAAGAGAGCCAACGAUGCCAUGCACGUAAGCAUGCUGGAGGGAUUUGAUGAGAACCUGGCUGUUCAGGGCGAGCUGAUCCUACAGGACACGUUCCAAGUGUGGGACCCAAAAUCUCUGAUCCGCAAGGGACGAGAUCGUCACCUCUUUCUCUUUGAGAUCUCCCUCGUCUUCAGCAAAGAGAUAAAGGACUCCUCCGGACGCACCAAAUACGUUUAUAAGAGUAAAUUACUGACCUCAGAGUUGGGAGUGACGGAACACAUUGAAGGAGACCCAUGUAAAUUUGCCCUUUGGGCCGGACGCACCCCAACAUCAGACAGCAAAACCAUUCUUAAGGCAUCUAGUAUGGAGGUGAAGCAGGAGUGGAUCAGGAACAUCCGGGAGGUAAUUCAGGAGAGAACAGUGCACCUGAAAGGGGCACUAAAGGAGCCUAUCCAUCUACCCAAAACUCCAUCCAGACAGCGCAGCAUUAACAAGAGGGAAAACACUGAAGAUGCAGACAGUCAGGGUGACGCCAGCAGCCAGCCAGACACAAUCUCUAUAGCAUCCCGCACCUCCCAAAACACAGUGGACAGUGACAAGCUCUCUGGGGGCUGUGAGCACACUGUGGUGCUACAAGACUUUGUGGCAUGUUCAUCGUGUGAGCUGAGUGUCCACUCUGGGCAGACGGUGGAGGUGUUGGAGCGAUCAAGUGAGCGGCCUGGCUGGUGUUUGGUCAGGACAACUGAGCGCUCACCUCCUCAGGAGGGACUCAUACCCAGCAGCACCCUAUCUGUUUCCCACUCACGCAGCAGUGUCGACAUGGACUGCUUCCUACCCUCCGGCAAAGAGAAUUACCCAGUGGGUAGCUCAGAAGUGAAGUCGGAGUCUGUGGCAUCACUCCAGCCUCAGACAUCUUUGAGCUCUCUACCGAGCAGCUCACCAGGUCCCAAACGCUCAGGAACGACAGGAAACACACUGAAGAAGUGGCUCACAAGUCCUGUUCGACGACUCAGUCACGGCAAGGGAGACAACGCUAACACCAAGAAACCAAACAACAAGCAGAGAAAACGAGACGGCCGCAAGAGCGUUGACCUAGGGAGUCAGCACGAGGACAGCGCUGAGGACAGAGGAAGAAGAGGAGUGAACAGUGGAGGAGAGGACGAAGCAGAAGACGAGCCACACACCCCUCUGCCACCCCCAAUGGAGAUCAUUAAAGAUCCCUCUGCUCAGGAGGACAAGAGUCCAGAGCCUGGAUCUUUCACAGCGUUUGGCAGUGUAGGAACAUCGGACCAAACACCCAGAGACCCAGAAACAGAGAAAAAGAACAAAGCACUGAGAGGACGCAUGUUUGUGGUGGAUGAAAUGGUACAAACCGAGAAAGACUAUGUGCAGAACCUGGGAAUAGUAGUGGAUGGUUUUAUGAAAAGGAUCGCAGAGAAAGGAGUUCCAGAAGACAUGACGGGAAAAGACAAGAUCGUCUUUGGAAACAUUUUUCAAAUUUAUGACUGGCACAAAGAGUUUUUCAUGGGUGAACUGGAGAAAUGCUUGCAAGACCAUGACAAACUGGCUGAGCUUUUCAUUAAACAUGAAAGGCGACUGCACAUGUAUGUGAUUUACUGUCAGAACAAACCUCGCUCUGAAUUCAUAGUGGCUGAAUACGAUUCAUACUUUGAGGAGGUCCAACAGGAGAUUAACUGUAGGAUGUCUAUCAGCGAUUACCUAAUCAAACCAGUUCAGCGCAUCACCAAAUAUCAGCUGCUGAUAAAGGACUUUUUGAAAUACAGUUCUAAGGCAGGCUUGGACUGUCAGGAGAUUGAGAAAGCAGUCGACUUAAUGUUUAUGGUGCCCAAACGAUGUAACGAUAUGAUGAACUUAGGGAGGUUACAGGGGUAUGAGGGCAAACUGACGGCUCAAGGAAAGCUGCUCCAGCAGGACACAUUUUUCGUAACGGAGCAGGACUCUGGUGUUCUUUCUCGCAGUAAAGAGCGCAGAGUCUUCCUCUUCGAGCAGAUUGUUAUCUUCAGUGAGCUUCUUCGCAAAGGUUCCUCAACACCCGGAUACCAGUUCAAGAAAAGCAUAAAGGUGAGUUUCCUGAACAUGGAAGAGCAUGUGGAGGGUGACCCCUGUAAGUUCAUGCUAGUGUGCCGUGGCUCAUCCGAAAGGCUAACACUACAGGCUGCUAACGUGGACAUCAAAUUGGAGUGGGUACGGAGCAUACGGGAACUGCUGGACAUGCAGAGCAGCUUUCUCACUGCUCUGCAAAACCCACAGGAGUACCAAAAGAGGGAGUCCACCAGCUCUCUGACCCGCCAAACGUCUGGCAGUAGUCGCUCCUCUUCCUCACAACCCUGCACCCCACUCAAACCCACUUCCUCUUCCUCCAACAGCAGCCCUGCCCACAAGCCGAGCAAGCAACAGGAGGAGGAGCUGGAUGAGGCGGACUGUAACGGCCUGAUGUUAGUGUUAGUGACCCAGGAUUACAACGCAGUAAAGGAGGAUGAGAUCUGUGUGGUGGUGGGUGAGAAGGUGCAGAUCCUGGCCACCAAUCAGCAGAACAUGUGUCUGGUGUACCGACCAGCCAACAGCCAAUCGCCUGCUGCAGAGGGCUGGGUGCCGGGUCACGUGCUAUCCUCGACCCGGUAAAACCACGACCCCUCCCACAACACCAUCAAUAACAACCUCGGUGCUUAACCAAUCAGCAUUUAGCUUACAGUUUCAAACAGUGGAUACUAUACCAGGAAAGCACUCAAUACAUACCAGUCAACCUCAAUGAGUUUUACUGGUCAACUCCAUCAGUCAGUCCCGCCUCCUACUACAGUACAGUUCUUAACUGGAAAUGCACGUUAGACUUGGAUGUGACGUCACUUCCUACCGUCGAUGCGAGUUAAAACAAACAGAAAAAAGAAAAUAUAAGUUAUAUUAAUAAUAAAUGUGUUGUAUAGAGAGGAAGUGAAAGUGUUAGUGCAUUGAGUGUGAAUGUUUCUGAAUGUUCGUGUUUUGCUGUUUUUCAUCGCCGUUUUUCAUCGCUCUGGAAUGUAAUGUUCUUCUCAAACAGAGCGCUUUGGUUCUGUCUAUGCCAACUCAUUUGCACACUGUUUUUAUUUUUUGAAUCAUUUUUUUAAAAAAAAAACAGUCCUCUGUAUUAUUUGCAGCUAUCCUGAACCAUCCCUGAAACUCUUCUGUAGGAAACCAUUCUGCACUUUUACUGCAAAGAUGCCAAGUUGUGCAAUAUCAUCUGGUCACAAAGCUCAUUGUUGUACCUUUAAUGUAACUAAGAAUUUUAAAUGUAUUAUUCUGUAUCAUUUUAAAGUUGUACAUAAUAUUUUUGCCAUGAUAGAAACAUACCAGAGGAAAUCUUAGCUGUUUAGCCUAAAGGAUCGGAUAAACACCGGUGGCUCACUCUGCCUCCUCAACCUGAACAGUUAUUUUUACAUUCAGCAUCCUCAGAUUUAGUAUGAGAGAAUCAUCCGGAUCAUACCUGGCCAAAAUGUUUACUGAAAUCAGUUCAUUACAGUUGGUGUUGUAGAUGGAAGAUCUUUAUAAUUGUCAGUACCUGCUGGGGCAGUUCUGGGUCUCAUGGUUACAGCUUCCUGCUGAACUACAAAGAAAAAAAAACAAUCCAGCAGGUCUUUCAUUUAUUAAUCUCUGGAAUGUGGUUCAUAAUAAAGCUGUUAAUUUUG